AUGCGGCUAAACUUAUUUUUUGCUAUUGUCUGGGUGCUUUUGUCACCAGUUUGCGGUUUUCCAGUGGAGCCAGAGCUUCCUUCGAAUGAUCCGUUCUACAUUGUGCCUAAGGACAUAGAAAAGUACUCUGAGGGCGAAAUUAUCCGCUCUAGACCAAGUCCAGCAAAACUACGGGGUGUGUUUCAGCCAAUAAAUAUCCAAGACUCAUGGCAGUAUUUGGUUCGGACCACCAAUUCCAGAGGUAAACCGACAGCCGUAGUGACGUCUGUAUUAAAACCUUACAAUGCAGAUAAAACUAAGGUUUUGUCGUACCAAUUCGCCCAGGACUCGCCGUCCAUAGACUGCUCCCCUUCUUACUCUAUUUUGCAUGGUGCAAGCAUGAAUACCCUCAUUUUGCAGCUUGAGAUGUAUGUCAUUUCUUUAGCGCUAGCCCGAGGCUGGUAUGUUGUCACUCCUGACCACGAAGGACCUAAUUCGGCGUUUGCAAUUGCAAAAAUAGCAGGCAAAAUCACUUUGGAUUCGAUUCGGGCAGUUUUGAAGACCGAGGAUACUACUGGUAUAGAUCCAAAGGCCAAAGUAGCUCUAUGGGGGUACUCUGGUGGUACAGUUCCCACCAGUUGGGCGGCUAUUCUUCAACCAGAAUAUGCACCAGAACUCAGUCAGAACCUUGUUGGUGCUGCUUGUGGAGGCUGGCUCACCAAUUUGACCAACGCCGCUUUGGCCAUGGAUGGGAAAUAUUCUGCGGGACUCAUCCCGCUUGCUAUCCAUGGCUUGAUGAACGAGUACCCCGAAUUGUCCGAGAAAAUCGCGUCAGUUAUUACGAACGAGGACCAGCACAACGAGUUUCUACGUGCAUCCAAUUAUUGUCUUCUUGAAUCAUUUCCAAAAUUUGCGUUCAAGGAGUUUUUUAAAGGCAACAACCCAAUCUUUUCCAUUGGUACGCAGAUUUUCGAAAUUCCAGAGAUCAAAAGAAUCCUCACAGAUAAUGUGGUAGGUCUUAAUGCCAGCAAUGGCGUUCCAAAAAUCCCAUUGUUCGUGUACCAAGGAAUGCAAGAUGAAAUCAUUCCGUACGUUCAAGCAGAGCGAGGCUUCGAGAGACUUUGUGCUUUGGGAGUUGAAUCCUUUGAGUUGGCAUUGUCUAAAAACACCGGCCAUAUUGGUGAGAUGCUCCAAGGUGUUGGCGCCGCUUUGAAGUGGGUGGAGGACCGAUUCGCUGGACUUCCACCAAAGAAAGGAUGUGUUAAAGAAAUCCGAGAGACUAACCUUGCGUAUGAAGGCGCAGACUUAAGCUUUUACAAGCUUUUCCGUGCUUCUUGGGAAAGUAUCUUAGGUUGGGAGGUGGGACGAUUCGCCUCUGUAGCCAAAAUUCCGCUGGCUGCGCAAUUUGUCUUCGACGCGUUGCGCGGUGUUUUGGAAGCCUUGGGGCCAGUUCCCAUGCGUUGA